CCUGCAUCUGCUGUAUUGCAGGUUGAUUUUUUAUCACUGAGCCAUCAGGGAAGCCCCUUUAUGUUUCUGUACAUAUACUUUUGCGGUUCAGUCUGAGACUUCUUCGACAAGCUCUAGGUCUUGAAGAUUUUCUCUGUCUUUCUGCACCAGUUGCUAUGAUGACAUGGCUUUUCUUGCUUAGCCUGUGGAGAGUGGAUCACACUGAUGUUUGAACUCCAAGCAGCCGCAAGUCCCUGAAAUGAUCCAAACCACUGUGGGGCCUGUUCCUUGUGUGGGUCUGGAUUUCUGCUUAUAGGACGAAGCCCUUAGUUUCUCAUGCUUACCUGGAGGGGUGGCUGCUUUGGGGUGCGUGUGGAAAGGUGGGGAGUCAGCCGGAUAGUAAAGGGAUGAGCUGGAGCCUGAGGUCUCAAGUGAGGGCCCAAGACCAGGUGGUUCCACUUGGAGGAGGCGAGGCUGACGGGGAAGGGCAGCAACUCUCUUUGGUGUGUUUCAUUUCCCGUGUUCUCCCCAUCUGUCCUCUCCACUGCCACCUUAAAUGUGGGGGGCCAGGAGCACUGGGCUGGUGGCUGUCGGGGCAGGGGAAGGAGGUGAUUUCCCAGAGGCCGUGCUCCAAGGCCUGGUGGCCUCUGUGUUUGUCCUCUUCGGUGGCAGUCGUGAGUGACAUCAGCCGCUUCCUGAGCGUGUUCCAGGAGCCACACGCGGGUGUCAUCCAGGCCGCCCGGCAGCUGCUCUCGGAUGAGCGGGCCCCACUGCGGCAGAAGCUGCUGGCCGACCUGCUGGGCACCGUCAGCGAGAACAUCGCGGCCGAGACCAGGGCCGAGGACCCGCCGUGGUUUGAAGGCUUGGAGUCCCGUUUUAGGAGCAAGUCUGGCUAUCUGAGAUACAGCUGCGAGAGCCGGAUCCGGAGCUAUCUGAGAGAAGUGACCUCUGGCGCCUCCCUGGUGGGCGCAGAGGCUCGUGAGGAGUACCUGCGGCUCGUGGGCUCCAUGCAGCAGAAGCUCCAGGCCGCCCAGUACAACAGCAGCUACUUCGACCGAGGGGCAAAAGCUGGCCGCCGGCUCUGCACCCCCGAAGGCUGGUUCUCCUGCCAGGGUCCUUUUGAUGUGGACGACUGUACCUCCAGACACUCCAUCAACCCCUACAGUAACCGGGAGAGCCGUGUGCUCUUCAGCACCUGGAACCUGGAUCACGUAAUAGAAAAGAAGCGUGCGGUCGUGCCCACACUGGCUGCGGCCGUCCAUGACGCUGAAGGGAGAGAGGUGGACUGGGAGUACUUCUACCGCCUGCUCUUCACCUUGGAGAACCUCAAGUUAGUCCACAUCGCCUGCCACAAGAAGACCACCCACAAACUCCACUGUGACCCCAGCAGGGUCUACUGCACCCCAGCGGCAUCGCGGAGGAAGCGGCCUGCCCGCCAGCGCCCAUGACGCGGCCCCGGAGUGCUGGCAUCCUUCCAACAGCUGCUACUUCACGCAGUGUGGGGGAACUUUAGCCCCCUGACGAGGGGUUGGACCCGUGCUCCCUGCGUCGGAAGUGGAGUCCUCACUGCUGGACCACCAGUGAAGUCUCGGUUUUUUUUGCCACUCCAAUAUUCUUGGAAAAAACUUGAUAACAUCGUCCUACAGACUCUUGUUGGAGCACAUUUCUGAAGCUGUUUUCUGAACUCCGCGAGCUCAGCUGCCAGAGGACAAGUCUAGGGGCUCCUGGGAUGCCUGGGGUCAGGACUGGUGGCCCUGAGGCUUCACCCGUGUGAGUGCAGGGUCCCCCAUCAGGUAGAUUCCACCCUUGCCUGGCCACUUGGGCGGGCUUCGGGGAUCCUCCAGCUCCACGGGACUCCACGCCCCAGGCAAUGCAGCGCCCCUCCUCAGGCCUCUUCUGAAUGGCUGAAAGAGUUGUGACUCUUUGGGUAAAAUACAAGGAUAUCCACUGCUGUACUGUUUCCAACAGCAAACAGUGGGAAACCCUCCAAAUGUCCAGAGAGCUGACUGUGGCAUGACGUUGAACCAGAGGAAAUUGCUGUUUUUAUGGGUCAGAAAUGGUCAGAUUAAUUUCAUGAUUCAACCCAACACAUCUACCUAAUGCAAAACACUGUAGCAGUUUCAGGCGUUUUGUGAGACGUGGGAAGCUGGCUGUUGAGUGUACAGGCGAGGAAGGUGGCUUGGCCAUGUCCAGUGUGACAUGAGUGUGUAUCACAAGCAUGUGCUGGUCAUGCAGAGCCUGUCACAAAGGGACACAAAGCAUGUGAACAGCAGGAAUCCUGGGGGGUGGAGUGGGGUGCAACUGAGUCACAAAGGACCAAUGUUCUAAACCAUGCAUUUUAUGAUACUUGAAGAUUUUUAAAUGAUCCUUUAUUUCAUAAUUUUUAAAAAUUCACUUUUUGAAGUCAUAUUUUAUAAUACUUAAAUUUUUAUACUUAUUGUAUAAUCACAAAGCAAUAAAGAUUUUUAAAAAAUAAA